AUGGCUUUUACCCAUUUGAUUUGGUCUUUAGAUAAUCCUCAAACAGUUUAUGAUGAGCACAGAGACCCGGGAUCGACCGACAUGGUCGAGAUACACUCGAGUCUCUUACCUUUGCUGCAGAAGCAGAUCGAUGAGCUGGUAUCAUCGUUCGAGAUGAUCGAUUUUGAAAAUGGAACGGUUCCGGAACUCUCGCUGUUUCCGAAGGUUGCAGUAUUCCAGCACACUUGGGAACGGACCAUCGCUGCUGUUGUCUCCAUCGUUCUACGUCCUGAUCAACCUGACUUCACCCAGGACCACGAUUGCAAAGACUUCAAGCAAUUCAGGUGUUCUCGAUUAAUGGACGACAUCGACGAUCUACGGUUUUCGCACUUUGGCUUCCUCAAGUGCUGUAGGGAGCUGGUUCAAGGCAGCGCAGCCCACCCGCAACCGAUUCCAGAGAGGACACCCGAACUUGACGACGAGGACAUCGAAAGCUCUCAAGAGGACGAAGACUGGCAGGCCGAGAAGAAGAGAGAAAUGGUGCUAAGCGCGGAUCGAUGCACGGUUGCGAUCGAUAGCAUCGUUCAAAGACUCAAGCGAUCCGACCUCGGGCUUCUCCAAGAAAAAUGGCAAGGCUGGAUCGGGUCACCAAGCGAGAUAUGCUCAAUAAGCCACAUGAUCUCUCUCUUCUCUUUAUACUAUACCGAGCCAACACCGCAGGACCCGAGGAAUCCGGAGUUGACUCCACUGAUGAGAUCGGCGAGAGCCCUUUUUAUCGUCUACCGAGUGUUCUGGAAGAAGCUAUCGGACAGCUCAACGAAGAAGCUACCCUUCGCUCUUAAGACCGUGAGCAGCGACGACAUGGAGCUGAUACUCUGGAAGACGAAACCUCCCCUCGAUCUUCACGAGGACUUUCUGGACUUGAUCUCCGACGUCUAUUACCAAGAUGCGAUCGAAGAAUUCCAGAAAAGCCUCUUCCGACAAAUCGCUGCGAUCCUUCGCACAGAGUUUCAAGACGCAUUGGAUUGUCUGAAGGCCUAUCUCAUCCCGUUGCCUUCCGAUCAACCCGGCCACUCGGAUCCUUCGUUCGACGUCGAAGCUUAUUUCCUCGAUGUGAAAAAUCAGUUGCAUGCCACCCUGGAUAAUUUUGUCAAGAUUUCCAAUGCGCUUCGACCACCGGAUCCCUCUGAAUGA